GAAAUGGCAGAUUUAAUAGAAUUUAAUGUUGGGGGACAAUAUUUUUCUACAACAUAUGAAACAAUUGGUUUUGACAAAAAUUGUAUUCUUUACUCGUGGUAUAUUGAACGUAAAGGACAGGCUCAUUUAAAUAAAGAUAGAAAAGGGCGUUACUUCAUUGAUAGAGAUUCAAUUAGUUUUGGUAUAAUUCUAAACUACUUGCGACUGCAAACAUCUAAACAACUCUGGGAGGUCUGCUUGCCUAAGGAUCCAGACAGGCUAGCCUUAUUGACACAAGAAGCUGAAUAUUUUCGUUUACCAAAAUUGAGAGACCAAGCAAUUUCUCUUUUACGAAAAUGUAAUUCGACAGAUAAUUGCGAUAAUGUAGAUGAAUAUGUUAAUGAAUUGGGUAUUAGAUCUACUAAAAUAAGAGAUGAAAGAAAUGGAAAAAAUAGUGAAGAAAAUAUUAAAUAA